UUAACCCACAAUGUCCUUCCUUGCAACAUUUUCCCUCCUCUCCAUCUCCGCACUGUCUUUAAUUUCCGCUGACAACAACAAUGUUACUACAGACUUCACACAGCCUCCGGGAUGGCCCUCCACGUGUCAAACAUUCGUCACGUACCGCGUCCGAUCGCCGCGGUCGAGCCUCGGCGCCGUGUCGGACCUUUUCGGGAUCAGCCGAAUGUCGAUCGCCGCCGUGAACAAUCUUACGUCGGAGGAUGCCCGGCUGGCCCCCGACCGGGUCCUAUUGAUUCCGAUCACGUGCACUUCGAACGGGACUCGGUAUUUUUCGAACGCGACGUACCCGAUUGAGAGGGGCGACACGUUCUACUCGGUCUCGACGCGGGAGUUCCAGAACCUCACCGAGUACCAUCUCGUCCUCGACGCGAAUCCGGCGUUGAAGCCGAACAAUCUGACGAUCGGCGCGGCGGCGGUCUUCCCGUUGCUUUGUAAGUGCCCCGGAGAGAUCGGGAAGGGGAGCGAUCAGUACCUCGUCACUUAUGUAUGGCAGCCUGGCGACGACGUCUUCCUCGUCGGAAACAUGUUCGAGGUGUCCCCGUCGGAUAUCGUUCGAGCUAACAACAAUCGGAACUUCACCUCAGCCUUAUGUCUUCCCGUAUUAAUACCUACAAAAUCCUUACCGAUCCUCCGGCAACGUUUUCCAUCGGAGAAGACGAAAUCCAGAACUGUCCGAACAGCAAUUUCAACUUCUCUAACAGCUUUCUUGAUCAUCUUAUUAGCUCUUAUGGCUUUCUUCUACAAAAAAAGGAAGUCGUCGACAAGGUCUGGUUUCGACCCCUCGGAAAAAGCCUUCAAUUCCGAAGACAUCGAGUCGAAGGCGAUUAAUAGUAGCAAAAUAUUGCCGGGCUUGUCGGGCUAUCUCGGAAAGCCAAUAGUUUACGAUCCGAAUGUGAUCGUGAAGGCGACGAUGAACUUUAACGAACGGUGUAAGAUUGGUCGCUCGGUCUACAAAGCCGUGAUCGACAAUUGCGCAUUCGCCGUUAAGAAGACGGGCGAUGCGACGGAGGAGGUAGGAAUAUUACAAAGGCUUAAUCACGCUAAUUUAGUGAACUUAUCGGGAAUUUCUUCGGACAACGACGGGAAUUUUUAUCUUGUUCACGAGUUCGCCGAGAAUGGAUCGCUCGAGUCAUGGCUCCACCCGAAGAUCCCGGCUUCUUUGCGAACGCUUACGUGGAAACAAAGGUUGCUGAUAGCUCUGGACGUCGCCAACGGUCUCCAAUACUUGCACGAGCACACCGAGCCGAGCAUUGUCCACAAGGACAUCACGACGGGUAACAUUCUUUUAGACGGCAGGUUCAAAGCGAAGAUCGGUAACUUUGGGUCAGCGAGACGAGCAACGUGCCCCGUCAUGUUGAACAUCGACGUGUUCUCGUUCGGGGUCGUGCUUUUGGAGUUGCUUUCGGGGAGAAAGGUUAUGGAGACGAAGGAGGGGAUAUCGGCGUGGAAGGAAGUUAAGGUUGUUUUGGAUGUCGAGGGUCGGAGGAAGGAGGCGUUGGCGGAGUGGAUGGAUCCGUCGUUGAAAGAUUCGUGCCCUAUCGACGAUGCUUUGAGCUUGGCCGUGUUGGCGAGGGCGUGCACGGCCGAGAAGAGCCUCGACCGCCCCACGAUCGGGGAGAUCGUGUUCGGGUUGAGCGUUGUUGCGCAAGCGUCCCCUACUUGGAACUCGAGGUUUGAAUCGAUCGAAAUGUUUAAUGUUGCGAAUUCCAUUAUUGCCCGUUGACUUUUUUUUUUAACUCUUCGGACAAUGUCCGUUAAUGUAACCA